CCUCUAAACUUGUGCACCUGCUUGUACGAACCUUGAGUGAUAGAAUGAGAGUGUGAGAAACACCCACAAACAAACACACGGGGGAGAGGAAAAAGACAAGAUGAUCGAUAUCGCGCGUGCUGUGCAAUGGUGGGACGUGUGGCAGCUGCGCAUCCUCGUCCUCGGCAGCCUUGGCCUUCAGUGGUUCCUCCUGCUGGCUGCCCCCAUGCGCAAAUACAUCAUUCCGCCCUUGCUCAGAAAGAUCAUCUGGCUGGCGUACAUCAGUAGCGACGCUCUGUCGAUCUACGCUCUUGCCACACUCUUCAACCGCCACGCCAGGGGGAGCAGCGCCUGCGAGUACGGGGGCAAGGCGAGCUCCCUGGAGGUCCUGUGGGCUCCUGUCAUCCUCGUCCACCUCGGUGGGCGGGAGGAGAUCACCGCCUACAACAUCGAAGACAACGAGCUCUGGACACGGCACACCGUGACCCUCGUGUCCCAGGUCACGGUUGCUGUGUACGCCUUCUACAAGUCGUGGCCCAGCGACAGCGACCGCAGGCUGUUGGUGUCUGCAAUCCUGCUCUUCAUCGUUGGGAUCCUCAGUUUCUGCGAGAAGCCAUGGGCUCUCAAGAGGGCCAGCAUCAACCGGCUGGUGGCCGUGUCGUCCCUGAUAGAAGGAGAGAGGAAAAGGCCUCGUGGAUUGGAGUGCUGCUUCGCCGAGCUGGAUGACAGGUAUAAGUGUUGGAAAGAGAUGCCACGAGGGGAUGCAUCUAUCUUGUCGGACGGAGACAAAGUCCAGAUGAUACUUUCAGACCUGUCACUGUACGCUGCUGUCUCCCAUCUCAACAAACGAAGCAAGAAGAAGUACCAAGUUCUGGCGGUGUUCAGGCCCUUCACAGGGAAGGAGGAGCCUAGGCGCUGGCUGCGUCGAGCGUUCGGGCUCAUCUACACAAGAGCCAAUGUGCUCUUAACUCCUGCGUACUUGGUCUGCCAUGUGCUGCUGGUCCCGUCCCUGUACAUCGCCGCCAUCGUGCUCUUUGCGAUGAGCGUCAAGCAGGGUUACAGCCGCACCGAUGUCAGGACGACGUACAUCCUCCUGUGCUUCACCGCCGUGCUGGACGUCCUUGGUGUGCUGAUCAGUGAGCUGCUCUACAGGCUGAUGUACACAACAGAUCUCCCAGCGCUGUGCGAGACGCUUCCCGCGUACAACCUCAUUGGCUCGGUCCUCCCGAGGCUGGCCGGGUGGGCCGGGUGGGCUGGGUGGACCGGGUGGCUGCGCAAGUGCGCCACGCGCGUCGGCUUGAGGGAAGGCUACUUCGUUCACGAGAGCAAUUCCAUGUACCGCACGGUCUCGGAGUUCAUCACAUCAGCACUGGUAGAUGCUUCCAGAAAUGUAGAGAACGCCGACCUCGCCAGCUACAGAAGCUUCACCAAACGCAAUUGGACUCUGGACGAGGAUCUGCAAGGCAAAAUCGGCCCCGACUCCGAGAUACGGCGCAACCUGUGCAAGUCGUCGUUCGACGAGAGCGUCCUCAUCUGGCACAUCGCCACCGACCUCGUCUUCCGCAGGGAGCCCCCGUAUGGCUUCCGGUGCCGGCCGCCGCACGACAAACGGCUUCGUGAGAUAUGCACGGAGGCGAUAUCCAACUACAUGGCGUACCUGCUGUAUUCUCAUCCGGAGAUGCUGAUGACCGGCAGCAGGCAGCAUCUGUUCACCGAAGCCAUGCACAACAUCAAGUCCAUCCUCCAAGGCAAGAAGGAGAAGCACGGUGCUGCUGCUGCUGCCGACACCGUGCUAACAGCACAAGACGACGACAACAGCAUAGCGGAGAAGAUCAUGCGCGGAGGCGAAGCGAAGUAUGCAAGCGGCAGCGCGUCAUACCCUCUCAUCCGCGACGCAUGCGAGCUCGCCAAGGCGCUGCUGCAGAUUCGCGACGACAAGGAGAACGAGACGCGGUGGGAGCUGAUGUACCGCGUGUGGCUGGGCAUGCUCUGCUACUCGGCCAGCAUGUGCAGGGGGUACCUGCACGCCAAGAGCCUGGGCGAGGGCGGGGAGUUCCUCUCCUUCGUCUGGCUCGGCAUCUCGCUCAAGGGGGCCAAGAACCUGGCCGACAAGCUGCAGAUGCCGGAACCGGAAGACGGCGACGACAAGGAGACUGAUACCCAAGCAACCGAGGAGCAGAACAAGACGCAGCCGCCAAAGAGAAAGUUUCCGCUGAGUUACUGAUUCAUCAAGGGGUCCGGUCCGGUGUGCUACCUGUUUGUUUGUGUCAUUGCGUGUUUGUUUGUUUGUUGGCGCCGCUGCAUGCACUGCAUGCCUGCCCUGCUCUGUGUGUUCUUGCUUGCUUGAUAGUCUUCCGUACGUCUUAGCUGCUUGCUGUCGUCUGAGCGCGCGUUGAUUCGUGGCUGAAUAAGUUGAGCCUCAAGCUCUG